UCUCCCCCCGCGCGCGUGUGUAUGUGCUCCUCAAACAAGAGGAUUCAGUGCUACAGUUGGAAACAAGUGCCUGUUGGAUAUGUGCAGCUGCAGUUUAACCCCAAGAGUGAUUUUGUGAGGGAAAUGAUGAGUGAGUGCCGGCGAAGUUAACGAAGUGCCACGCUCCGGCUGUCUGGAAUUGUUACACUUCGCGGCCCAAGAUCCACCGUGGAGGUGAUUUUGGGCUCUCCAGCACCGCCUCCUGGAAUGCGGCUUGGGCGUCCUGUUGACACCCCCUUCCUCGCCCCCCACCCGCGGGCCCCGCCGGGGGUAGACCGAGGGGGUCCACACUAUUGGGGAUGUGCUGACCGUUGCUGGCCGCGGCGUUGACGCCGCUGACCGCUGAGAUGUCGGCGUGGCUGGGCACGGCGGUGGGGGCGGCGCUGGCCGCGGUGCCGCUGUGCUGGACGCUGCUCGUGCUGCACCGGCGCCGCGCCGCCUGGCUGCCCCUCGACGUGCUGCUGGCCGCGCUGGCGUGGCAGGGCCUGGUGCAGCAGGCGGCCGCGCUGCUCUACUCGCUGCUGGCCAUGUCGCUGCUCGGGCCGCUGCAAUGGUGCUCGGCCGCCACCUGGCUGCUCGCCUCGGGCCAGACGCUGCAGGCCGGCACGCUCGUCACGCUGGCCGUCACGCGCCUGCUGCUGCUGCGCCGCGUCACGGCCGUCACGCGCACGCACCUCGUCUACCACCUCAUCUCGCUGACGCUGCUCUCGGCGUGCGUGGGCAUCACGGCCGUGCUGGCGCGCGGCGCGCACGCCGAGGCGCAGGCCCAGUGCGCCUUCCUGGCGCACGAGCUGGACCCGCGCUACGCCGUGCUGUCGCUGUCGCUGCACUCGGCCUUCCUGCUGGCCGCCGUGCUCGUGGCGGGCGUGUGUUGCUGCCUGCGCCGCCCAGGACCCGCGCCGCUGUGCCGCCUGGCGCAGGGGCUGGCGCAGGGCCUGGGGCCGCUGCCGCACCGCCGCCGCCAGCACAACCUCUUCACCUCCUCCUCGGACCUGUCCUCGGCGCUGUCUGACUUCUCGUCCGUGUCUGCCUCGGCCAUGGGCACGCUCAGCCACCCGCAGGGCCCCGUCGCGAAGACCUUCUGGAACUACUGCACGGCGACGGGCACCACCACCGCGGCCCGCUCCAACCCGAGCACGCUGGGCAAGGACGACCCGCCCUCCAUCACCUUCCUCAACGGGCUGCCACCGGGCUACCCGAGCGACACGCUGGAGAAGGCGCUGCAGGGCCCGUACAGCGCCGAGUCCACCCUGGGCCGGCCGGGCCCGCUGGGCGCGGCGCUGGGCAGCCCGCUGAGCGCGCUGCGCUCGCUGGACAACUCUCUGGAGCACAGGUACCGGGAGCUGUGCGGCGGCGAGUACAGCGACUCGACGCUCAACCGGGACUUCGGCCUGCGCGGCAACAACAACAACUGGACGUCAGACAACUCGUACAUGUCGACCACCACGUCGCCGACCUCCACCAACAGCCGGGCGCCGUGCCUGGGCCGGCCGCCGCCGCUGCACCACCUGCAGCUGCCUUGCACGGUGCCGGAGGAGCAGGCCGAGGACGAGGCCGAGGCGCUGCGUCUGCCCACCGUCCUGGCCGUGCUGGCGCUCUGCUACGUCACCAACCACAUCCCCAUCCUGGGCGCGAGCGUGGCGCUGCUUGCGCGGCCGGGGUCGCUUGACUGGCCGCUGCACGGCAUCGCGCUGUGGGGCGGCGAGCUGCAGGCGUGCCUGCUGCCCGUCGUGCUGGCCGUGUUCGACGACCGCUUCGGCCCCUGGGUGGCGCGACUCUACGCGCGGCCCGGCUCCAAGGCGCACCCGCCCCACCGGCCCAACCCGCGGCGGCAGCGCGGUCCACCGACGCGAGGAGGGAAGUUCCGGCCGUAUGACCUGGAAGGAGUCACCCAGGCCCUGAGGCAGCAGCAACAACAGCAUCAGCAACAGCAGCAACAGCAGCAGCAGAAGCAGUACCAGCAACAGCAACAGGCCAACAUCCACCAGCCGGCCAAGCUGCUGCCCCCGCCCUCGCCGCAGCACUAUCAGGCGCAGCAGGUGCAGCAGGCCGCCCAGCUCCUGACGCACACCUCACAAGAGAAGCUGCAGCAACAGGAGCAACAGAACCUGCAGCAGCCACAACAGCAGCAGGACAGUCAAGGGAGCCACCACCCAAAGUUCCCCAUCACGAAUGGCUCGCUAUUUACCAGUCUUGACGGCCACAUCCCUAUAGUCCACAACUACAGGCGUAGACGAGACAUGCAGAUGGGCACCACCUACGUGCCGGUGCACUCCAACCAGCCCGUCAUAGUGCACAACGGCGGCUUUUUCCGCGCUCAAGCCCCAUCCGGACCGACCGGAGCGACGGAGGACGGAGCCUUGCACUCGCAGCAACAGCACCACCCGCACUACACGACGGCUGCGCCCAGCUCCGGCCCCACCCAGGUGACCUCGCCGUCGGAGGAGGUCAGCCACGGCCACGGACUCGGCCUGGCGCAAUCGGCCAGCUGCGAGCAGCUCGCCCGAGACGUCCGGGACGCACGGGAGGCCAUUGAGGACGGCCUGCUGCGGCGGCGGUUCGGCUCCGAAGACCUCGCUCACAUCCGGCGGAACCACAUGAGUCUGGAGAGCGCGGAGCACGACAACAACGAGCCAUCCAUGGACGAUACCGGGGAGGACGACGACGACGAUGAAGAGGACGAUGAUGACGACGACGAGCCUAUCUACGCUACCCUGUCUUCGGGCUGCUCCGUGACGACCGCCGCCAACGACGACUUCGAGUUCUACCAGCACGCGAUUGUGUCGAAGACGCCGUCGGCGCAGGCCCCGCAGCCACCGCCCGGAUCGCAGUGCGCCCCACAGGGUGUUCCGCAGAGCUACCACAAGCUCAGCAAGAAGCCCCGCGGCCCGGACCACAGCACCGCGCCGCCACCGCCACCCGCGCACGUCGUGCAGGCCUUGGAGACGGUGAGCCGCGGUUGCUUCCGCCCACCACCUCCACCCCCGCCGCCGCCACCACCGCCGCCCGGGUACAAGAAGCGCCAGGGCUUCCACGAGGUGGACCUGCGCGACCACCUGACGACCGCGGACCUGCUCGAGUUCUACAGCACGGCGCCGGCCCUCGUGGACGUCAACGACAUCGUCGACCCGCCGUCAACCAGGACGGCAGCGUCCGAGAGCCAGCAGCAGAACCACAAGCCGCUCAAAAAGUCGGCCUCGGGUAGGACGGUGGACUCGGACGACGACGGCAGAGGUAUCUACAGCUACCACGACAUCAUCCGGGGCUGCCAGAUCGACGACCUAGACUCGCACGGCGGACGCCAGCAGCCCGCGACCCGUCACCCUCCCGCACUGCACCACCACGGCCAGCGGCACGGGCACCACCGCCAGCAGCAGCAGCACCCGCCGGCCGCGCACGGCCAGCACGGCGCGCGGAGACCGCGGCACGGCCACCCGUCCGGCCAGCCGCCCACGGCACCCCCGGGGCACCCGCUGCACAUGGGGCUCCCCGCGGGGCACCCGGCCGCGCACGGCCACCCGGCGGCGCACCCGCCACCCCCCGGGCCCCAGCACCGGCCUGCACUGCACCCACACGUAAGCGAAACCCACUGUCCCGACCAUGCCCGUCGAUUAGUUCCCCAACGACGAGCCGCUCCUCGCCUCCGCGUCGCCGACAUGACUACCCCCACGGCCCACUGAGCUUGCAGCCCCGUCACGCCCCGCCACACCACGAGCCGCCCCGCCCCGCCUACGCCGCGCUGUCAAGACAAAGGGACGGAACGGU